AUGGCGUCUCCCGUCACGCACCUCAUCUUCGACCUGGACGGGCUGCUGCUGGACACCGAGCGUCUCUACUCCCAAGUCUUCGGGGAGCUGUGUGGCCGCCACGGCCGGGAAUAUUCCUCAGAGCUGCAGGCCAGGGUCAUGGGUCACACGGCCCCCGAGGCCGCCAGGGUCAUCGUGGACACCCUGCACCUGCCCCUGACCCCCCAGGAGCUGCUGGACCAGAGCCAAGCCCGGCUGAAGGAGGUGUUCCCCACGGCCAGGCUCCUGCCAGGCGCAGAGAAGUUGAUCCUCCACCUGCAGAAGCACAGCAUCCCCUUCGCCCUGGCCACCAGCUCGGGGACCGAGUCCUACCGGGCCAAGACCAGCGCCCACCGCGAGCUGUUCGGCGCCUUCCACCACGUGGUGCUGGGCGAUGACCCCGAGGUCAAGGCCGGGAAGCCCGCCCCGGACAUCUUCCUGGCCUGCGCCCGCCGCUUCACUCCUCCCGCCCCCGCCGACCAGGCAAAGCAGAGGGACGCAGCCAUUGGCUCCCAGGAGGGCGGGCCUUAG